AUGGGGCAGGGUGAUGCUGAAGCAGCCUUUGGAGGCCAAACUGGUUUUAUGGAUAAAUUGGACACAACAAGAGAUGAAGAUAAUGAGACGGAGGCCAGCAAGAUAAAUAAAUUAAGACGGACAAGAAAGAAAGUCACCAAACCACAUAUUUCAACUGAAGUGGGAGAAAUGGAUCUGUCCAAUUCAAACGAUCACACCAGGGACAACAGUCAAAUUCUGACCCCACCUCAACUCUCUUCUAGAAUGAAACACAUUAAACAAGAGAUGGCCAAAAAUCACCUCCAGUUUGUGCGAUUUGAAGCAACAGACCUCCAUGGCGUGUCCAGGUCUAAGAGUAUCCCUGCACAGUUUUUUCAAGAAAAAGUGAUCCAUGGUGUUUACAUGCCCCGAGGUUAUCUGGAAUUGAUACCAAAUCCUAAGGACAACGAAGUGAAUCACAUAAGAGCCACAUGUUUUAAUAAUGACAUAGUCCUGAUGCCAGAGUUAUCCACCUUCCGAGUUCUGCCGUGGGCCGAGAGAACGGCGAGAGUGAUCUGCGACACGUUCACGGUGACGGGCGAGCCUCUGCUGACGUCCCCGCGGUACAUCGCCAAGAGGCAGCUGAGUCAGCUGCAGGACUACGGCUUCUCCCUGCUCUCUGCCUUCAUCUACGAUUUUUGCAUUUUUGGUGUGCCUGAAAUCAUCAAUUCGAAAACCAUAUCGUUUCCUGCUUCGACAUUACUGGAUAAUCACGACCAACCUUUCAUGCAGGAACUCGUGGAUGGCUUAUAUCACACUGGAGCCAAUGUGGAGAGCUUCUCCUCCUCCACCAGGCCUGGUCAGAUGGAAAUCUGUUUUUUGCCUGAAUUUGGCAUCAGUGCAGCUGACAAUGCAUUUACCCUCAGGUCAGGUGUCAAAGAAGUGGCAAGAAAAUACAAUUACAUAGCCAGUUUUUUCAUUGAGACUGGAUUCUGCAAUUCGGGAAUUCUGUCGCAUAGUCUCUGGGAUCUCGCUGGGAAGGAAAACAUGUUCUGCAGUGGCUGUGGAAAUGAGCAGCUCACGAUCACUGGGAGAAAAUGGUUGGCGGGGCUCCUGAAGCACUCGGCCGCGCUCAGCUGCCUCAUGGCCCCCGCCGUGAGCUGCCGCAAGCGUUACUCCAAGGAGAGUAAAGACCUGAAGGAGAGCGUGCCCACGACUUGGGGAUACAACGAUAACAGCUGCGCCUUCAAUAUCAAGUGCCACGGGGAGAAGGGCACGCGGAUCGAAAACAAACUAGGCUCUGCCACAGCCAACCCUUACCUGGUACUGGCUGCCACGGUGGCCGCAGGCUUGGAUGGACUUCAAAGCAGCGAUGGCGUCCUGGCUUGUCCAGAGGACAGCACAGACCUGUACCAAUCAAAGCCUUCUGAGAUCCCAUUAAAACUGGAAGAUGCCUUGGUGGCACUGGAGGAAGACCAAUGUCUGAGAGAGGCUCUAGGUGAAACUUUCAUUCGUUAUUUUGUUGCCAUGAAGAAAUAUGAAUUAGAAAAUGAAGAAACUGAUGCCGAGAGGAAUAAAUUCUUAGAAUAUUUUAUUUAGCAUAUAGACCCUUGAACUAGUGAUUUGAGAUGUGGUUCUUACUUAAGUAGCCAACCCACUAGAGAAAGAGAUUCAACUUUUGUAAUGGACAACAACAGCAAAAGUAAGACUACAAAUGCGUUCAUGCUUUUUUUCGACUCCACGGAAUAUCGGAUAGAUGAAGUUGGGACUGCUGAGAGGGUUCUGAUAAUACAAAAACAAUAAAG